CCAGUGGAGCAGUGAAAUUAGCUCAAGGAGUUCACGGGAUGAUCUUGUUUAGCGGGUUCAAUGCAAAGUACAAGUGUGUAACCACGGCUUUAUUAGAUUUGUAUGCAAAACUUGGGAGGUUGGAGGAUUCGUCUACGAUAGCAUGGCGUGGACAGCAAUUCUUGCUGCUUAUGCCACUCAUGGUUAUGGAAGUGACGCAA